GCGGAUGGACUUGUCAGUGUAGUUAUGGAACCCCCUUUAAGCAAGAGGAAUCCAGCGAUAAGAUUAGCGGAUUUGGCAGCGACUCAACCCCUUCCUCAUCAGAAUAUGACAGGCUUCCCGGGGCUAGGGGGGCAUCACCCUCUCUCCCAACAUGCCCACCUCCACCCUGGGGAGCUGGGCAACGACCCCGGAGUGGCACUCACUCCAUUUGGACCAGAGCACAUGGCACAGACAAAUGCUCUCAAACUUAGCCCAUCUCAGCACAUUCAGAGCCAUCCCGAAGCCCAGACCGCGGCAUCUUUCACUUCUGCUCAGACCACAGUUGGUUUCCCCGUGGCUCACCCCCACUCAGGCUACUCAAGCAGCAGGGACUUCAUCCUCAGGAGAGAACUCUCAGCCUCUGCUAUGCAUGCACUUGGCGACCAGCAUAGUUCCGCCUCCUCCCCUCAUCACCAUGGCAUGUUCAUCUCCCCAACAGGUGCUUAUGGGCACACGGAAAGUGGGGCCCAUUCACUUUUUACUGGACUUCACGACCAGGCGUCCCCAGGUGCCCACCACCAUGCCCUCAAUGGGCAGAUGCGCCUGGGUAUACCGGGGGACAUUUACGGCAGGCCAGAGCACUUCGGGCACAGGCCAGAGCACUAUGGACCCUCUUCUCUCCACAGCUACAACUCCAUGAACCUCAAUGUGAACAUCGCUUCUGCUCCUCACGGAGCGACGGGGGCGUUUUUAAGAUACAUGCGGCAGCCCAUAAAGCAAGAGCUAAUCUGCAAAUGGAUUGACCAGGAGCAAAGUCAAAAAAAGCCCUGCUCUAAAACUUACAGCACCAUGCACGAACUGGUCAACCACGUCACCGUGGAGCAUGUCGGGGGACCGGAGCAGAGCACCCACGUCUGUUUUUGGGAAGAAUGUCCACGGGAAGGAAAGGCUUUCAAAGCGAAGUACAAACUGAUAAAUCACAUCCGAGUUCAUACGGGAGAAAAGCCCUUCCCGUGUCCUUUCCCGGGUUGUGGAAAAGUGUUCGCUCGAUCGGAGAAUUUAAAGAUUCACAAGAGGACUCACACAGGAGAGAAACCUUUUAAGUGCGAGUUUGACGGUUGUGACAGAAAAUUCGCCAACAGCAGCGACCGGAAGAAGCACUCUCACGUCCACACCAGUGACAAGCCUUACUACUGCAAAGUCCGUGGCUGUGACAAAUCCUACACACAUCCGAGCUCGCUGCGGAAGCACAUGAAAGUGCACUGCAAGUCCCCGCCGCCCCCUUCCACCAACGUCACCUACAUUUCCUCCACAAACCCACUUGGAGACCCUCUUUCGCCCAACUCCGAGCCGCACAGGAACCGCUCUGCGAACCUCUCCCCUCAGGUGACCAACCUCAACGAGUGGUAUGUGUGCCAGGGGAGCGGAGGACCCAACCACCUCCACACCCCCUCCAGCGAUGUGCCAACGUCUGAUUCAGACGAUGAGGACUCUUUCAGAAAUUCAGAUCCGAGGACAAUGCUCUGA